AUGCUGCUGGCCUCCACCACCUCCGCUGUGCCUGGGCCCCUCUCUCCACUUAGCCCGCCAAGCAACGGCAGCCGGGAGGAGUCAUUGGACACCAGGGACCCAUUGCUAGCCCGGGCAGAACUGGCCCUACUUUCCACAGUCUUUGUGGCUGUGGCCUUGAGCAAUGGCUUGGUACUGGGGGCCCUAGUACGACGUGGCCGGCGCGGCCGCUGGGCACCCAUGCACGUCUUCAUUGGCCACUUGUGCCUAGCAGACCUGGCUGUGGCUCUAUUUCAAGUGCUGCCCCAGCUAGCCUGGGAUGCCACCGACCGCUUCCGUGGGCCUGAUGCCCUGUGUCGGGCCGUCAAGUACCUGCAGAUGGUGGGCAUGUAUGCUUCCUCCUACAUGAUCCUGGCCAUGACGCUAGACCGCCACCGCGCCAUCUGCCGCCCCAUGCUGGCAUACCGCCAUGGAGGUGGGGCUCGCUGGAACCGGCCAGUGCUGGUGGCCUGGGCCUUCUCGCUUCUUCUCAGCCUGCCUCAGCUCUUCAUCUUUGCCCAGCGUGAUGUGGGAGAUGGCAGCGGGGUCUUUGACUGCUGGGCCCGCUUUGCAGAGCCCUGGGGCCUUCGUGCCUAUGUCACCUGGAUUGCCCUGAUGGUGUUUGUGGCACCUGCCCUGGGUAUUGCUGCUUGCCAGGUUCUCAUCUUCCGGGAGAUUCAUGCCAGUCUGGUGCCAGGGCCAUCGGAAAGGGCUGGGGGGCGCCACAGAAGGCACCGGACAGGCAGUCCCAGAGAGGGAGCCCGGGUGUCAGCAGCCAUGGCCAAGACUGUGAGGAUGACACUGGUGAUUGUGAUCGUCUACGUGCUAUGCUGGGCACCCUUCUUCCUUGUGCAGCUAUGGGCAGCAUGGGACCCAGAGGCACCUCUGGAAGGGCCCCCCUUCGUGCUGCUCAUGUUGCUGGCCAGCCUCAACAGCUGUACCAACCCCUGGAUCUAUGCCUCCUUCAGCAGCAGCGUCUCCUCAGAGCUGCGCAGCUUGCUCUGCUGUGCUCGGGUGCAGGCCCCACCCAGCCUGGGGCCCCAAGACGAGUCCUGUGCCACUGCCAGCUCCUCCCUGGCCAAGGAUACUUUCUCCUGAGGAGCCAGUGGGCACUUUCCUUCCAAAAGCUCCAUGAAGCUCAGCUGCCUCUGGGGCUAGCUCUUCUAGGACUCACUGUAUACAAAGAGGCUUUCAGGCUCCAAGACUGUGAGAGUCCCUUAAGUUAGCUCCUUGUUCCAGGCAUGGGGAGAGACUAGAUAGGGCAGAGGAUCCCAGGGCCUGGGGGUGGCAGGUGACCUGUGCCCUGGAAAGU